AUGAGUUUAGGCGAGACUGACUUCUUGACGGCAUUGGCGUUGGCAGAUGCAGAUGAUUUGGUUGCAACUUUGCAAGUAGCCCAACGCUGGAACCAGAGUGCUCUGGGGUCGACAGAUAUCCCGAAUGGCCUCGAGCAACGCGUUUUGUGUGGUGACUUAUUGCUGAAGGAUGCAAACAAGACAUCCAGCCUUCACUUCGCAGGAUGGCGCGAUGCGUCGCACCAGAAGAGCGACAGGCCAGAAGACGUCCCGCCGCCGCCAGAUCCACCACGACCCAGGACCGAGAGGCCUGUGUCAUCUGCCGGACUUCGAGUUUUAGCUCGCUUGCGCAGAGAGGUUCCAGUAGACCUUCGCUUGGACAACCAAGAACUGCGCUGUGCAGAAGAUAUUCGUGCUGUGGUGGAGGCCUGCGCCGCAGAGGCCCAAAGGCGUGGGCAGCCACCGCCCAAGACGCUUACCUUGGGCCCAUGGGGACAUGACUUUGGAUGCUCGUGCCAUGUUGGCGUUUCCGAUGUGGCAGUGCUUCCAAGGGAGACAAAAUGUGAUGCAGUUGAAUCUGCUAUCGAGGCGUUUCUGUCCACUUGCGCCAUUUGGCGACACUGGCCGCUGCGGAGCAUCUGUCUCAGCGAGCUGCGGGUGAGUGACAGCGCGGUGCUGGGGAAAGCGCUUUCUUCAGCAGCGCCGAAAGUACUGCGUUUACAGCACUUGGCUUUGAGGAGUGCAGCGGCAUCCUUGCUGCAGGCAUUUGCGGGUCAUGAACUGGAGCUUUUGGAUUUGAGUGGAAACAAUCUUAGCGAAGACGAUUUUGACCUGUUGCUCAAAGUUGCAGGCGCUUUGAAGCUGCAUGGCCUGGUAUUGAGCUGCAAUCCGAACAUCAGCCAGGUCUGCUUGCAGCAACUCUUGUCUUCCCCCUGGGCGAAGCAGUUGCAGUUGUUGGACCUUUCUGAAUGCAGCAUUGGUCCGGCUGGGGCGAUGCUUCUGGAAAGCUUCCUACAAAGCUCAGAGUGCUGCUUGCGGGAUCUAUGUCUCUACCGCACGGGCAUUGGAUCUGAUGGUGUGCGCCGCUUGGUUGCAGCUGCAGUGCCCACCUUACGUUCCCUGGACAUCACAGCGAAUGCCCAGCAUGGCGAUGACUGGAUGGAGGCACUUGGAAAGCCUUUGGCCACCUGCCUUGCACAGCCCAAAUCGCUCAAGAUUCUGACCUUGUCGUGCCCAGAACGUCAGUUGAAGGCUGCAGAGAUCUUUCAGUCCCUGCCCUUGCGGGUGAUCUUGAUCCCCAACGAGCAGAACAACUACAACAGGCAAGUCAUAGCAUGCCAUGGCUGUGAGGAGAUUCGCCAUGUCGGAACGCCAGGCCAAUGUUUCUUGGGCAUGCCGACUGACUCGAACCGAAGUGGAAGAAAGAUCACCUGCGCGCUGAAAACAGACCGGCUACGCGUUUGCGAUCCGCAGUCGUUGCUCAUCGCCCGCGGUCGAGGGUGGGUGGAAGCCAUGUUUCGACCUGGGGGCAAAGGUGACAUACCGCCAAACCAGACGCUCUAUGUGAUCCUUGCGCUGUCUUGGUUCGGGGUGAACAACUUGAACGAGAAGAUCAAAAUUUCAGAGUUGAAGAAUUGCCUUCUUGAGCUCUUUUCCAGUUAUGGGGAGGUCAUUGACAUUGUUGCGGCUGGAAGUAUGGCCAAGAAGGGCCAGGCCUUUGUGGUCUUUAGGGAUAUUUCCUGCGCGACCAAUGCGCUACGAGCGCUGAAUGGCUUCACCUUUCUGGAUAAGCCAAUGAAGAUCAACUAUUGCAGGACCAAGUCAGACGUCGUAGCACACGAGGAUGGAACGUGGAAGCCUCGUGCAAAGCUAGAGGCGCAAAAGGAAGAAGCAAAGAGGCCCAAGACCACCCCAGCUCUUGUGCCUCCCAAGAAUGCCGCGCCAAAGGCGGCUGCACAUCCUGCUGGGGGUGAUCCGGAUGGCAACGCGUCCAACGUGCUAUUCGUGGAGAAUUUGCCUGCAGAGGUCAAUGAGCUCAUGUUGACGAUGCUCUUCAGACAAUAUCCCGGCUUCCAGGAGGCACGCCUCAUCAAGGGCCGGAACGUCGCCUUCAUUGAAUACGCGGACGAGCUUCAGGCUGGGAUUGCCAAGCAUGGCCUCCAAGGUUUCAUGGUGACACCAGAGAUGGCCUUAAAGAUUGCCUUCGCGUUAACCCUCUCUGGCGACAAGUGCCGGCGGAUCGCAGGGGGUGCCCGUAGAGGUGGUGUUACAAAAGUCCGCAAUGCUGAGAAACUGAAGACCAAGUACAAUCUCGGACCAAUGAACUAUGUCCCAGUGGUGCGGUCUGUUGAGGGAAGUGGACCCUAUGCGAAUUUUGAUCGCGAGGUUUGCGCCAUGAGAUGGGGUCUGGUGCCUUCCUUUGCCAAGAAUGAGGAGGAGUACAAUGCCUUCAAGGGUGGCAAUUCCACUUUCAAUGCACGGAUAGAAGGUGCUGAAACCCGAAAUCUCUGGAGACGGCUUCUGGACAAGCGCCGCUGCAUCGUACUCUUUGAUGGCUUCUAUGAAUGGAAGGCCCACGUGGACGGGAAGACGAAGAUCCCGAUGUUCAUCCGAAACAAAGACGAGUACGAUGGCCACGUGAUUCCAUGGCCCAAAGAAGAGGCAGAAGAAGAUGAGAAGCGAGAUGGCCACGCUCCGCUACUGCUGGCUGGUCUGUACGACACUUGGCAGGAUGACUCCAAAGAGCUCUUGGAAUCGGUCACCAUUCUGACCAUGGAUCCGCAGCACACGGCCAUGGAGAAGGUUCACGAUCGGAUGCCCGUCUUUCUCACACCCGAGUCAGCGCCGCGCCACUCCAUGAGCUUCGUUCAUAGACCUGAGUCUUUCAUUCCAUAG